UGCGGUCAAUCAAACAGACGACGCCUUCAAGUCUAGCUGCACGCACGAGAGUGGAGUUGGAGUCGUCGGCAUAUUUCGUGGCGCUUCUUUCGGUUUUUGGCAAGCAACAAGGCAAAAUUUUUUGUGCAUACAAAACUCUCAACUGCGCGCAAUUCAAAAUUAUUCCAAAAUCUGUAAAACUUAAUUUCUAAAGUGCAAGCAAACAAAUAUAACGCUGUCAGUCAAACGAAGAGCUUAUAUUUGAAUUUAAAAAGUUAAAAGUGUAAGGAUAAACAAAUAUCCUUUGUAAAAAAGUGAAACUAUAUAUAGAUAUAAAUAAAAUGUUAAUGAAGAUGCAGCAACGUGCGCUUCUCCCACUGGCCUUAAUGCUCAUUUCCUGCGGCGUGGCCUUCGCCUGUCAUGGAAAGUUAAUCGCAACGGGCAUCAGCACCGAGGAAAGAUCAAUCAUCUUGCAGGAACACAAUCGCCUGAGGCAACUCGUAGCAACCGGACGCUAUCCGGGCCAGCCCGGCGCUGAGAAUAUGCGUGAGAUAGUCUGGGACGAUGAGCUGGCGGCGCGAGCUCAACAGUGGGCCGACAACUGCCAGUUUCGCCACGAUCCACACCGCACCAUAAAUCGCUUUACGAUGGGCCAGAACCUGGCUAUCAUCUGGAGCACAGCGCCGCUGGAUGCGGACGAUGGUGACUUCCCAUCGCGCAUACAGAACUGGUUCAAUGAGGUGCAAAAGUAUUCCUUUGGCGAUGCCUGGUCCCCCAAGACUGGCCACUACUCGCAGCUAGUCUGGGGCGAGACCAGCCUCGUCGGCUGCGGCUUUGCCGAGUACAAGGACAACGUCAAGUACAACAAGCUCUACGUAUGCAACUAUGGUCCUGGCGGCAAUGUCGUUGGCUUGAACCCAUAUGAGGUGGGCAAGCCUUCGUGCGCCACCUACGGCAUGAAGCCCUCGGCGCGUUAUCAGGGACUCUGCGCAGCGCCCGGCGCCUCGGCGGCCAACAGCGUCUACGGCGGCAACACUAUCGAAACGUAUGAGUUUAGCUACAGCAAGAGCAACCAGCAAAGUAACCAGCCAGCCACUAACAACAUUAACAACAGCCUAUCACCCAAACCGAGCAACAACAACAAACACUUCAAUAACCCCUCACCUCCUCCAUUUACCUACUCCCACACUAAAUUAUCCAAACAGGCAGCGCCAGCGGCAUCCACAUCCACAUCCUCAGCCACAGCCACAGCCACAGCCUCAGCCACAUCCACAGCGUCGGCAUCAGCAUCAGCAGCAGCAGCAUCACCAUCAGCUUCAGCGUCUACGUCCGGCGGCAGCUCCUUUGGUACUAGCACGCGCGGUGGCAGUCAGGCCUUCACCACAGAGAAUAAUCAGCAGCAGCAGCAACAGCAUUCCGGCAAGUAUUGGCACAAGCUUGAGGCGUAUCGUCCCAGUGCGGCGGAGUUCGAGCGGGCCGUACAGAAGCAUACAAUACUACGUACCUAUAUAGAGCCAGCUCAGCCCAGCGAGCAGCAGCAGCAGCAGCAGCAGCAAGAGCAGCCGGCGGCAGCAGUAGCGGACGCGGCGGCGGCGGCGGAGACAGCGCCUGAGGAAGAAGCAAAGAGCGCUGAUGAAGCGGAGACACCCAGCACUCCAAAGCCAAGUCGUGGUUGGAGCAUUCUCACCUGGCGCGGUUAGAAUUCCCAACCAGCGCCCCCCAACCAACAAUUCUAAAUGCCGCAGAAUGUAUUAGCUCGCCGCUCAGUAAUAACUACUAUGUAGUAUCCAUUAGCACCAUCUUCGAUUCCGAAAUAGUACGCAGCAGUUCGAAACUUAGGCGUCCUUAUUUAAACAUAUAUAUUUUUUAUUUUAUCAUAAACACAAACAUUAACAAAUUGCCAUAUGUAUUUUCGGAAUUGUAUCUUAUAAAUUAUUUAUGCAAAUCAAUCAUCCACUACUUACCGAAUAUUUGUAUCAAAUAUUGUUAAUCAGCGCUAAACAUUCAGUUACGUUACGUAGUUAGUCGUAGUAAUGUGUUCCAGCAAAUAAAAACAGCCAGAUGAUAUAGUAAA